GCCCCGUCGAGCCCAAUCCCCCAAAUCCCAAUCGAACCCGCCCGCCGCUCCCCCCAAACCCUCGCCCUGCUCGAGAACCUCUCCGCCGCCGCCGGCCGCCGUCUCCGCCCCACCGGCCGCCAUGGCUCGCAACGAGGAGAAGGCGCAGUCGAUGCUGAACCGCUUCAUCACGAUGAAGCAGGAGGAGAAGCGCAAGCCCCGCGAGCGCCGGCCCUACCUCGCCUCCGAGUGCCGCGACCUCGCCGACGCCGAGCGCUGGCGCUCCGAGAUCCUCCGCGAGAUCGGCGCCAAGGUCGCCGAGAUCCAGAACGAGGGCCUCGGCGAGCACCGCCUCCGCGACCUCAACGACGAGAUCAACAAGCUCCUCCGCGAGCGCGGCCACUGGGAGCGGCGCAUCGUCGAGCUCGGCGGCCGAGACUACUCCCGCAGCUCCAACGCGCCGCUCAUGACCGACCUCGACGGCAACAUCGUCGCCGUCCCCAACCCCUCCGGCCGUGGGCCGGGGUACCGCUACUUCGGCGCCGCCAGGAAGCUCCCCGGCGUGCGGGAGCUCUUUGACAAGCCGCCCGAGACGCGGAAGCGGCGCACCCGCUACGAGAUCCACAAGCGCAUCAACGCCGGGUACUACGGGUACUAUGAUGACGAGGACGGCGUGCUGGAGCGCCUUGAGGCCCCUGCAGAGAAGCGCAUGCGGGAGGAGGUUGUUACAGAGUGGCACCGCGUGGAGCGGGUGCGGCGGGAGGCCAUGAAGGGGGUGGUGAGCGGCGAGGUGGCUGCUGCCGGUGGGCGCAGUGGGGAUGCUGCUAGGGAGGUGCUGUUUGAGGGGGUGGAGGAAGAGGUCGAUGAAGAGAGGAAGCGUGAGGAAGAGAAGUGGGAAAGGGAGGAUGCUGGGAGGGAAUUUGUUGCACAUGUGCCGCUACCUGAUGAGAAGGAGAUUGAGCGUAUGGUCUUAGAGAGGAAGAAGAAGGAGCUGCUUAGCAAGUAUGCAAGCGAUACCCUGCUCGUUGAGCAGGAGGAGGCCAAGGAGAUGCUCAAUGUGCGACGAUAGAAGAGACGGCCUGUUCUUGAUUUACAUGCCUCCAAUGAAAACUUUUAACUUAUGUUGUCCAAUUGCCGCCUUGGUGGUGGAUUCUUCAUGGUUUCAAGCUGGGCAGUGAGCGCUGAAGCCCACAAAGGAAUGAUCUUUCAGUGGCUGGCAUCGACGCAAACCUAGAAGUCUGAUGUUAAAGAAAAGGGGUUUGCCUGAAUUGCAUCGGUGUGUUUAAUCAUCCUGAUUGAUGACUGGUGCCUGGUGGCAGGUUCAUGAAGGCUAAACCAGCGGCAUGCGCUGUGUAUAUUAGCACAUGCACUGUAACUGUUAUCAUGCACUUAGCCAUUGGCUACAGACCCUCAGAAUUUCAGUGAUACAAGAGGAUCUGAAGCUAUCUUUGAUUUAGCUCGCCAGGUGUUUUCACACUGUUUACAUCGUAUGCAGAUGCACUCUCUGGAACCUACAUCGUAGGAAAUUUCCGUGAAA